AUGAAGAACGAGCUGGUCUCGACGCUUGCGCUUUUGUUUCUGUUAUAUUUUAUCGCCUCGGGGCGUACCUCUGGUCUGAAUCAAGGCCAGCAGUCUAUCAUUUCUGCCGAAGACCCAGUUGACAUUGACGUCCAGUCCGGGGUCAAGCAGUCAUCAGAAGACAAUUUUAAAUUCCGACCUGCCAGUGUUGAAGAGCAGACUCCAGGAUCUGAGUCACCUGACGACUUGCAUGGCUUUCCAGCUGCCAAUGAACCUGCUUAUAUUCAUGAAGAUGACGAUGACACAGACAUUGCGCAAUCAUCAGCUGCCGGCGUGACCCAAACCCAUCGUCCCAAUCUUCUUCCAGAGCCCGACUCGGACGGUGAUGUUGCUGUCCAAACCAUCGACCAAACCAUCGACACCGAUACCAAUAACGAAGAAUUUUUUUUUUCUACCUGGACCCACAAACCAAUAUGCACCGACUAUUUCGAGGUUCUCCAAGCCCCCUUAUGCGUCUUCACCAACGCCAGUUUCGCCAGCGGCCGAGGCAUCUCCAUCUUCACGACCCCAGCCAUCGCGGCCGAAAUGGCCAGCUUGCUACCAUUCCACAAUCCCACGGCCUUGACAAGUCGAGGGAUCAACCAUGGUUACCCACCACAGGCAUCGUCGACGUCCACGUCCAAGUCUGAGUCCCAGAGUCAAACUCAGACACCAUGGUACACCGCCCCAAUCCCCGGAAAGGGAACAGGCAUGCUCGCAAGCCAGCAACUUCACCGAGGCGACCUGAUUCUCGCCACCACGCCCUAUCUGCUGUCUUACAUGGAGAACCUACUCUCAACCGUCGACAGGGAACACUAUCUACGAAUUGCUAUCGAGCAGCUUCCCGAGCGGAGUAAAGAACAUUAUCUCAGUCUAGCCAAGAUCUACGGCGAUCCCAGGGUCGUCGUGCAGGAUGUGGUCAAGGCCAAUGCGUUUGAGAUGCAGGUUGGGGGAAGGAUGCAUUUGGCUGUGUUUCCGGAGGCGUCGAGGAUCAAUCAUGCUUGUGGGCCGAAUGCCCAAUACCACCUCCAACCCACCCUCUUAACACACUACGUCUACGCCGCCCGAAGCAUCUCACCAGACGAAGAAAUCACAAUCGCCUACGCGCCGCCCUUGAAGUUUCGGUCCGAUCGCAUGGCGUAUCUCGAGUCAACUUUUCAUUUUAGAUGUACUUGUUCGAGGUGUGCGGCCGCCGACGAGCGAAGCGAGGAGCGCGGCGAGGACGACGACAACAACAACAAAUCCAAAUCCAAAUCCAACUCCGACGCCAAUUCCAACGACAGAUCCAACACCAACUCCAACUACAAACCCAACUCCAACGACAACUCACACACCGACGCCUAUGCCAACAACCACCUCAGUACCGCAGACGAUGCCGCCGUCGCCGACAUCCACGCCCUCCAAUGGUCCCUUUCCAACUGGGAGUCCAACAGCACAGCGAGCGUGAAAAAAGCCGAAAUGUUGAUCCGACUUUAUCAGAAACUCGGGUUAGACGCCUUUAUGGAUACUCCGUACGGUCAUGCGGCGUUGAUAUAUAAUGCUGUGGGCAGUGUGGGGGGGGCACAAAAGUACGCGAGACUUGCGGCGGAAGCUGCUUUGUUGAAAUAUGGUCCGGACGUAGAUGGGGAUAUGGAUGCGGCGAGGUCUAUGGAGACGUGGCGAGAGUUGAUGCGGAAUCCGAUGGGGCAUUCGAGUUGGAGGAGGAGGAAGCAGACAUAG